ACUUGACAACGGCAACAGUGCCUUUUUUAAAUUUUAUUUUAUGUAUUUGAGUGAAAAUUUUCCUAAGCAUGGCUGAUGAUAUUGAUGACCUUUUAGAUGAAGUUGAAUUCAAGUUUUGUAAAGAUUCUCCCACAAAUGGCGGUAAAAAUUCAACUAAAAAUCGCACAAGAAAUCUGAAUAAAAAAGAUGAGCUUGAUGCAAUGAUUGAAGAUAUUUUCACAGAUAAUGGACCAGUGUAUAAGCCCCAUUCGUCUAUUAAUUACAAAGAAAAAGAAGAUUCCUAUCAACCAAUAAGAAAACUAAGAAAAUGCUAUACUGUUUAUCUUGGAGGUACCCAACUCAGUAGAGGCCUCUCUAGUGCUACAGUUAAAAGGUCAUGUGAUCAACUGCGGUGUACAGCAUGCGAUUUUCAAGUGUUCUCAUUCGAUGAUUAUAAAUGGCAUUCUUCUUGUGAUUAUUUAUUCUUUCGAAAUAAUAUUCCAGACUUUGAAAAAUUAAAAGUGAAUUUAAUACAGAAACGAGGUAUAAAAAAUUCACACACAAUACUAACAAUGCCAAUAGUUUCUCAUAAAACUUUUCUGAUGUUUUGUUAUUGUCAGGUAGUCGAGCUUAUGCCUGUCAAUGCUCUUGGAGAUCAAUAACUCAUAUAGAAAACAUUGAGAAUGAUACAGGUUUGAAAUGGGUUUGUGGUAAACACAAGUAAUAGGACGAAAAGAACUUAGAACCAAAUAUGAAUAUAGUACAUUCGUAUAAGGCUACCACAUAUAAAUUGUUAAGUUUUAUUUUACAUUGUAAGAAAUUAAGUUUGUGUCCUUAUAUAAUUACACAGCUCAGCAUUGUCAUACCUACUAGCUCUGUCUAUUUAUUUGCAUCAGUAACAAUUUGUCAGUUCAUGCUAAAUUAAAACAAAAAAAUGAGAUUAAAUUUCACUUAUUGAUGUGAACGGCAGUCAGAUUUAAGUUUAAUACAAAAGACAAACAUUUGAAUUAUUAGCAAAUAAAACAAAAGUUGUUUGAA